GGAAAACAAAAAACACACCGACCCAAACUGCUCGAUCCACCAGACCACCUUCCACCCCGAUCCCCUGAUCCCAUCACCAUCCAGAUCACCCCGCCGCCGCGCGACCCACCGGGACCCCCUGCCACCGCGCGGCCUCCCGGAAUCCCCGUCGCCGCGCCACCUCCCUGACCCCCGUCGCCGCGCCACCUCCGAGGCCCCCGCCGCUGCUCCCUGAGCCGACCUAGAUACUGCGGCCGCACCCCCACCUCCGUCAGGAUCUCGCCUCCGCCACGACCAUGCCGGCGAGCACCGCCGCUAUUUCCAUCCAUUUUCGCCAGGACCUCGCCUCACCCCGAUGCUCCCAGCGCGCCAGCGCUAGUUCCUCUCCUCCCCCAAUGACUGGAUACUUUGACCCAACCAUUGGUCCUCCAUGGAUCCGGCCAACUACACGCCGCUGGCCGCGGAUCCGCCCCCGGGGACCAAGCCAGAUGCCGGCUGCCUCCACCACGCGCCCGACCCCGCCCCACCCCCAUUCCACAAGGCAGAUGUCGUUGCCGUGCUCCGGGUCGACCAUGGCUUAUUAUUUGACCGUCUGCUUUUUACUCUAGUUGUUCUUCUUCUGUUGCAGAGAUCUUCGUCAUUCCUUGCAGAUGGCAACUCCAACGAUGUGAUUUUUUCCUUCGACCGCCUCAGCCGCUCACCAACACGGCCACCUGCAGUUCAGGGCUUAAAUCAUGUAUUCUGUACAUAGGAGUGAAGUUCGAUUUGCCGGAGAAAGAGGCGUUGCCACGGCCGAUGCUGGCUGUUCGUGCAUGGAAGUCUCCGUGUAUUCUAUUUGAAAACCUGGGAGCAUGCCAAAAACGUUCAGAAAUAUCAAUGAUAGAAGUUUGAAUAUAGGGAGGUUGAUGCUUUGUGUGUGUAUACAUUUUUAGGGGAUCGUGUGCUUGUAUACAUGGCAUCACAAUUUUUUGUGCAUGAUAUUCAGUUCUACAAAUAGCAGUUGAAUAA